AUGCAGCCUUCAUCUAAUAAACGCCGUCGCAAGAGCAAUCGGAAGCAUACCUCGAAUGAUGCAGACCCCAAGCCAGAUGAAACGACCAGCCAGGGUGCUGGAGUGCAUGCUCCUGCGACGAUUGUUCCCGAAUUGGCAGAGAUACCCCAAAUAGUCAUGGAGGAAAUGAUGAAGACUUCGCCCCGGCAGGUUGCCCAAGCAAUGGACGGGCGAAAUGACUUGUUAGACAAUUCGAACAACAACUCGGAAAAGCACAUCAAAGAAGCCUUUCGCUUUGGUGCUCACACAAUGGUGUUGGCACAAAUGAGACGUUGGUCCGCCAAUGAAGAUGUUCAGAUGUGUGGUUGUUUUUGCAUUGAAAAAUUGGCCUACAUGGAUGAGAGGGAACCACAAGUUAUUGAUGCUGGAGCCGUCGAAGUGGUUCUAUCGGCAAUGCACAAGUUCCCAAGUUCGGUGGGAGUUCAGUAUGGUGGGUGUCUAGCACUCAAGAAUUUGUUAUCAGGUGACUCGUCGUCUUCCCAAUCUACACAAACUAUCUCGGCUCGCUUUGUUCAGCAACUGGGUGGAGUGCUGGUAGUGAAACAUGCCAUGGAAGCAAACUUUGAGGACACAGAGAUACAAUCGGUUUGCUGUGAUAUCUUGCGUUUCUUGGCCCUCAAGAAGCAAUUUCUUACUGCCAUGCUGGAAGCCGGGGUGGGUGGUAUUGUCAUGAAAACAUUGGAGCAUCAUUGGAAGAAAGACAAAGGCGUCAAGAGGGUAAGGCGACACAUUGCAUGGAAAGUUUGUUCCCGAAGACUGGGUGAUCGCUAG